UUUUAUUUCAUUUCUAAUCAAUUAAUUGGACAUUACUUACAUCAAGAAAUUUUUUCCUCUUACAUCAAAUCUAAAUAAUCUCAAAUGAAUCCCCAAUUUCUUGGAUGUAUUUUAAGAAAAUAUUUUCUUAGACAAAAAAAAAGUUAUUUUGCUAAUAAGAGUAAUAUUCUAAAUUCGAGAAUACAUUUUUUAUGGCAACAUUUUGCUUUGUCAUUUUCAAUCAUGUCGUGACAUGUUGAAAACGCGCGCGCUCCGUCUCCGUGGCCGUGGUAUCUGCGAUUGAAGAAGCCAUCCAUAAAUCAAUAGCCAAUUAUUUAAAAUGUGAAGCAAAGUGAACUAUACUUACUUAGUUUUACUUGAAAUCUUAAAAAGGUAAGGCAAGGAGAAUAAAAUCUUAAAAAGGAACUGAUUUUUCUAUUUGUUGUUUGUGGAAACAGUAAUGGAUUCGUUGAAAGAACUUUUGGAAUCGUGGAAUAUACCACAAGUUGUAGUGACCAAUUUUAUUGGUGAGUGAUUUGAUGUUAUUAUGAAUUAAUUGUAGAAUGGUAUAACGAUUGAACAUUUCCCCAAAUUAAAACUAGACAAUUUGAAAGAAUUAUGCCCACAUAUGGGGACUAGACUAUCUUUAGAGGAAAAGAUAGGGGAGCUUAUUACUGCACAGGCAACGACAGAUGCAGUAUCUGAAUCAACUGAUGAUCAAGUCAUUAUUACUCCCACCUCCAGUAAAUUUGAGACAAGCACCAGUGAUGCCGGUUUAUUAGUUUCAUUAGAUGAACUACAAGUGGUCGACGUCUUGGAAACAACCAAAAGUGUAUCUAGAAAAACAUUUCCACAUUUUGAUUUGGAGACACUACUGCAUACGUCAGCAGGUGGCAAUAGUAUUUUAAAAUACUAUGAAACAUAUGGUUUUCUCAAUAAUACCAAGAGAAACCAGUUGACCGAUAUAAUUAUAAAACAUAUAUACACAUACAUUGUCAAUUACCGGAUAACCUAUGAAGAAUAUAAUAUUAUAUCUGCGAAAAUAAUAUCACUGUUUCCAAAGGAGUCAAUAGGCACUUAUUUUACCAAACCUAUAAAAAAAAAUAAUUCAUUUAAUGGACGUUCUACAGUAGCACGAGGAAAAUUGGUAGACAAAGUCCGUAACCUUCUGUAUAAAUAUGGAGACCACACACACAAGCGACAAUCUGGCACUCUAGAAAAUGCUCCACCGUUUAAAAGACAGUAUAUUCAAGGUUUGCAAGAUUUACAUUUAAGAGAUAUACUGUUUCUCAACAAUAACACCGAACCAUGGGGUGAAGUAAUACAAAAAUGGAAAGAUACAUUUAAAGUUCGAAAAGAAAGUGAACACAAGAGCGUUCAUGAGUUUCUACAAGACUGGAAAAUAUUAUCAGACCAAAGAAGUGACAUAUUGAUAAACAUUGACUUCGACUUGUUGUAUCCAGAAAAAGGGCUGAAUUUUUAUUUAAAUUGGAAAAUAUUUUUCGAAAAAAUUAUUGCUUUUAAACCGAACAGAGACGAAAGGAUCUUGAACCUUAUUGAGUCACUGAAAAAUUUAGAUAAUGAUUUAACACUUCCUGCUGAGCUUAAAAUACUCGCACAUCUGGUGCCUCCAAAGGGAAGAAUUUCAAAAAAAAUUAAGUUCACUACUCAGGAAGCAAUUGACUCCUUAUAUAUUUGUGUGCCGAAUGCUGGCGAUAUAGACCAAGUAAUCAAAGAACAAAAACAAAAGGCGACAAGCAAGAAAUUGUCUGUUCAACCCUAUGUUAUACUCCAGGGAUCUUUGCUAGAGUGUGGUUCACCGUUACUAAUAGUAGAUGAUGUAAGAUAUCAAUUUUUAACCAUAACAAAAGCUUUUGAUACUCUUUUUAAACUUUACCAUACCUUCAACGUUAGAUAUCCCAGAGCAGGCGACCAUUUAUAUUUGAUCAUACAAAGAUGUGUAUAUAAUAUAGAAACUAAGUACGAUAACGUCGUACCGUAUAUAAUUGACGUUUUGAAUAUGUGAUUUAGCUAAACACCACUUUCAAGGUUUCAUAAACUCAAUCAGAGCAGGGCCCACUCCCAAUUGAGUUGUUAAUGCUAUUCUUUGAAAAAAAAAAACAGUUUAUACACAGACUUUCAAUUAGAAAGAAUUUUCUUACCA